CCCGGGCUCUACUGAAGGGAGCCACAGAGUUGACGUACAGCGAGCCGACAUGGGCAACUUGAAGAGUGUAGGCCAGGACCCCGGGCCGCCCUGUGGCCUGGGGCUGGGACUGGGCCUCGGGCUGUGUGGUAAGCAGGGUCCAGCCUCUCCGACAUCCACGUCGGAGCCCAGUCGGGCACCAGCAUCGCCCCCACCGACCCCACCGGCACCAGAUCACAGCUCCAACAGCCCUCCACUCACCCGGCCCCCGGAGGGGCCCAAGUUCCCCCGAGUGAAGAACUGGGAGGUGGGCAGCAUCACCUACGACACCCUCAGUGCCCAGGCACAGCAGGAUGGACCUUGCACCCAAAGACGCUGCCUGGGUUCCCUUGUAUUUCCCCGGAAACUGCAAAGCCGGCCCUGCCAGGGUGCUCCACCCGCUGAACAACUGCUGGGUCAGGCCCGGGACUUCAUCAACCAGUACUACAGCUCCAUCAAGAGGAGCGGCUCCCAGGCCCAUGAGCAGCGGCUUCAGGAGGUUGAGGCCGAGGUGGCAGCCACAGGCACCUACCAACUUCGGGAAAGCGAACUGGUGUUUGGAGCCAAGCAGGCCUGGCGCAACGCUCCCCGCUGCGUGGGCCGGAUCCAGUGGGGGAAGCUGCAGGUGUUCGAUGCCCGGGACUGCAGGUCCGCACAAGAAAUGUUCACCUACGUCUGCAAUCACGUCAAGUACGCCACCAACCGGGGCAACCUACGCUCGGCCAUCACAGUGUUCCCCCAGCGCUCCCCGGGCCGCGGAGACUUCCGGAUCUGGAACAGCCAGCUGGUGCGCUAUGCAGGCUACCGACAGCAGGACGGCUCCGUGCGGGGAGACCCAGCCAACGUAGAGAUCACCGAGCUCUGCAUCCAGCAUGGCUGGACCCCAGGAAACGGCCGCUUCGAUGUGCUGCCCCUGCUGCUUCAGGCACCAGAUGAGCCCCCAGAACUCUUCACUCUGCCCCCAGAGCUGGUCCUGGAGGUGCCCCUGGAGCACCCAACGCUGGAGUGGUUCGCAGCUCUGGGCCUGCGCUGGUACGCCCUCCCGGCCGUGUCCAACAUGCUGCUGGAAAUUGGGGGCCUGGAGUUCCCCGCAGCCCCGUUCAGCGGCUGGUACAUGAGCACAGAGAUCGGCAUGCGCAACUUGUGCGACCCCCACCGCUACAACAUCCUGGAGGAUGUGGCCGUCUGCAUGGACUUGGAUACCCGGACAACAUCAUCCCUGUGGAAAGACAAGGCAGCCGUGGAAAUCAACCUGGCUGUACUGCACAGUUACCAGCUGGCCAAAGUGACCAUUGUGGACCACCAUGCUGCCACAGCCUCCUUCAUGAAGCACCUUGAGAAUGAGCAGAAGGCCAGAGGAGGCUGCCCUGCCGACUGGGCCUGGAUCGUGCCCCCCAUCUCAGGAAGCCUCACUCCUGUCUUCCAUCAGGAGAUGGUCAACUACUUCCUGUCCCCUGCCUUCCGCUACCAGCCAGACCCCUGGAAGGGGAGUGGAGCCAAGGGCACUGGCAUCACCAGGAAGAAGACCUUUAAGGAAGUGGCCAAUGCCGUGAAGAUUUCUGCUUCACUCAUGGGCACAGUGAUGGCCAAGAGAGUGAAGGCCACGAUCCUGUAUGGUUCUGAGACUGGCCGGGCCCAGAGCUAUGCACAGCAGCUUGGGAGGCUCUUCCGGAAGGCCUUUGAUCCCCGGGUUCUGUGCAUGGAUGAAUACGACGUCGUAUCCCUUGAACACGAGACACUGGUGUUGGUGGUGACCAGCACAUUUGGGAAUGGGGAUCCACCAGAAAAUGGAGAGAGUUUUGCUGCAGCCCUGAUGGAGAUGUCCGGCCCCUACAACAGCUCUCCUCGGCCUGAGCAGCACAAGAGUUACAAAAUCCGCUUCAACAGCGUCUCCUGCUCAGACCCGCUGGUGUCCUCUUGGCGACGGAAGAGGAAGGAGUCCAGUAACACAGACAGUGCGGGGGCUCUGGGCACCCUCAGGUUCUGUGUGUUUGGGCUCGGCUCCCGGGCAUACCCCCACUUCUGUGCCUUUGCUCGUGCGGUGGACACGCGGCUGGAAGAGCUGGGCGGGGAAAGGCUCCUACAGCUGGGCCAGGGGGAUGAGCUCUGCGGCCAGGAGGAGGCCUUCCGUGGCUGGGCCCAGGCUGCCUUCCAGGCCUCCUGUGAGACUUUCUGUGUGGGAGAAGAUGCCAAGGCCGCUGCCCGGGACAUAUUUAGCCCCAAACGGAGCUGGAAGCGUCAGAGGUACCGCCUGAGUACCCAAACAGAGGGUCUACAGCUGCUGCCAGGUCUGAUCCAUGUACACAGGCGGAAGAUGUUCCAGGCCACCAUCCUCUCAGUGGAAAACUUACAAAGCAGCAAAUCCACCCGGGCCACAAUCCUGGUGCGUCUGGACACUAGAGGCCAGGAAGGGCUACAGUACCAGCCAGGGGACCACAUAGGAGUCUGCCCACCCAACCGGCCUGGCCUUGUGGAGGCACUGCUGAGUCGCGUGGAGGACCCGCCACCACCCACCGAGCCUGUGGCAGUGGAGCAGCUGGAGAAGGGCAGCCCUGGUGGCCCUCCGCCGGGCUGGGUGCGGGACCCCCGGCUGCCCCCGUGCACGUUGCGCCAGGCUCUCACCUUCUUCCUGGACAUCACUUCCCCACCCAGCCCUCGGCUCCUACAACUGCUCAGCACUCUGGCCGAAGAGCCCAGUGAACAGCAGGAGCUGGAAGCCCUCAGCCAGGAUCCCCGGCGCUAUGAGGAAUGGAAAUGGUUCCGCUGUCCGACACUACUGGAGGUGCUGGAACAGUUCCCAUCUGUGGCGCUGCCUGCACCCCUGCUCCUCACACAGCUGCCCCUGCUGCAGCCCCGGUACUACUCAGUCAGCUCAGCACCCAGCAUCUACCCAGGGGAGAUCCAUCUCACUGUUGCUGUGCUGGCCUACAGGACGCAGGAUGGGCUGGGCCCCCUGCACUAUGGUGUCUGCUCCACGUGGCUGAGCCAACUCAAGGCUGGAGACCCUGUGCCCUGCUUCAUCAGGGGGGCCCCCUCCUUCCGGCUGCCACCUGAUCCCAGCUUGCCCUGCAUCCUGGUGGGCCCGGGUACCGGCAUUGCCCCAUUCCGGGGUUUCUGGCAGGAGCGUCUGCAUGACAUUGAAAGCAAAGGCCUGCAGCCUGCCCCUAUGACUUUGGUGUUCGGCUGCCGCUGCUCCCAGCUAGACCAUCUCUACCGCGACGAGGUGCAGGACGCCCAGCAGCGCGGGGUGUUUGGCCGCGUCCUCACAGCCUUCUCCCGGGAACACGACAGCCCCAAGACCUACGUGCAGGACAUCCUGAGGACCGAGCUGGCGUCUGAGGUGCACCGCGUGCUGUGCCUCGAACGUGGCCACAUGUUCGUCUGCGGCGAUGUCACCAUGGCAACCAGCGUCCUGCAGACUGUGCAGCGAAUCCUGGCGUCCGAGGGCGACAUGGAGCUGGACGAGGCCGGUGACGUCAUCGGCGUGCUGCGGGAUCAGCAACGCUACCACGAGGACAUUUUCGGCCUCACGCUGCGCACCCAGGAGGUGACCAGCCGCAUCCGCACCCAGAGCUUCUCUUUGCAGGAGCGGCAGCUGCGGGGCGCCGUGCCCUGGGCGUUCGACCUGCCGGGCUCAGACACGCCCGGCUCCUGAGGGCCCUCGGGCUGGGCCCUCCAGUUGGCGAGAGGAG